AUGGACUCUCUCGUGGCGCUGCCGGGGUUGUUUGGCUCUCCGGGGCGCCGUUUUGCUGUUGCGGCUCUUCUCCUCUUGCUUGUGUUUUUGAUUGUUCCUUAUUAUAGAGAGCAGGCUAUCGCUGUUGUGCCAUUACGCGCCAAAUUGACAGAACCUAUCGAGGUUCCCGUUGAUCCUUUUCCGAGUGAUUAUGCGGGCCAACAGCCUAUAGACUCACCGCAAGUCAUCAAUGACCCCUAUCCAGACUAUAAUAGUUUGCAAUGGAUCUCCGCGACGAAAGGAUCGUAUCAGCCAUGCAUUGGGCCCCAUGGACGACUUCUCAGUCGUCAAGAGGAAGACACGAUGAUGAGCGGCUACCAUUGGAACAUCUCAGAUUUCCCCACGCCCAUUUUUGGGUCAUACGAGUCAUGGAAUCUAAAUCGCAGUCUUUGCGCCGAUCGCCACUCUCGAUAUAGUGCUUACGGAUAUACCGAGGGAAACGAGACAUCUCGAAUGCACGAUUGGCAUAGUGAAUCAUUUAGAUCUGGCGAGGCAGCCGAAAUCGACUGGGAGCAUGUGGAUUGGGCCCAGUUACAACAGGAAUGCCUGCAGCGCAAUGCCCUUCGAUAUAUUACGACCGAGCCAAAUGUGAAGAGUAUCUGGGGUCUUUACAAGUCGCUCGACCCGGAGAUGCAUAAGACGCCGCCUCCGGAAUCAUCUCUUAAGCAUUUGGAGGAAACAAGAAAAGCAGCCCAGCCUAAGCCGAAGCCUCGGACGGGUGUUAUUUUGCGCUCGUGGAUUGGUAUGGAGUAUACCGAGAACGAUUUGUACAACAUUCGGUCUAUGAUCAUGGAGCUGUCUCUCUACUCGGGCGGAGAGUACGAGGUUAUUCUCCUAGUCGACUGCCAGGACAAGCAAUUGCCCAAAGAGAAGGAUGAGGCUGCCUGGACCGCAUUCAAAGAGAAGCAUUUGCCCCAAGAACUGCGAGGAUUGGCUGUCUUUUUCAAUGACAAAAUGCUCAAGGACUGGUACCCUGAGAUUGAUGUCCAUGUAGCGAUAUUGCAAUAUUUCCAGCCCACACAGAUCUUCUCACGGCUGCACCCUCAGUACGAAUACAUCUGGCAGUUUGAGAUGGAUGCACGGUAUACCGGGCAUAUGUACGACCUCUUACACCAAGCAACAGAGUUCGCGAAACAGCAGCCCCGGAAAUAUCUAUGGGAACGUAACUCCUAUUUCUACAUUCCCGCCGUCCAUGGCACCUGGGAGGAAUUCACCAAAAAGAUAGACCAGGAAAUGCCUGGACAUGACAGUAUCUGGGGCCCUCACCCUGCGGAGGGAAUCGAGAUCGAAGGACAAUCUAAUUUGCCACCCGUUCCACAUCCAGAAGAAGAGACCGGAAUAUGGGGUGUAGGGGAAGAAGCCGAGCUCAUUACCUGGCUACCCCAUUUCGAUCCGACUGGUACGGACUGGCCCUUCCGAGACCGGGUCUUCAAUUUUCCCCAAGAACAAGAGACGCCCCGACGAGCUGCGGUCGUAGCUAUGUCUCGCGUCUCGGCGCGGCUACUUCGCCUUUUGCACCAUGAUAAAGUGAAAAUGGGAAUUGGGCUCGCUUCGGAGAUGUCGCCUAUAUCUUGGGCUUUGUACUAUGGUCUGAAGGCUGUUCAGAUUCCUCACCCGAUAUACCAUGAGUCCAAGUGGGAUCCACAGAUAUUGGAUCGCCGGGCCAAUCCGGGUGAGCCUGGAAAGGUCAAUGCUGGAAUCGACAGUAUCUGGAGUUGGGACAAGCAUAAUGAUAUCAUUUACAACACGACUUUCAUGUUCAACUCGAAGUUUUCAGAGAAGUUGUAUAGAGCCUGGAUGGGCUUUGAUGGCGCCGAAGAGCUUGCCUGCGACAAAGCAUUGUUCUCGGACUGCUCCCUGAGCAAUAAGACAUGCUUCUGUGAGAGCAACACACGCCCGACCGCUCUGCUCGACUGUGCCGCCAGCAACUGCACGACAAAGGAGUACUUUACCACGAGACGACUCUAUGAGCAGAAAUGUGACAUCACACCCCUCAAAGGCCCUUCUGUGGUCGAGGGCGCAACUUUAGUCCCUCUCAUUCUCGCCACGUUUUUCUUCGUGGCGCGAAUUGUGGCCAAGAGCAGCGGUCUGGCUGGUGGAUGGGGAUGGGAUGAUUAUACGAUCAUUAUUUCAUUCGUUCUCGGCAUUGCCAUCUACGCCUUGAAUAGUUACAUGAUCCGCUACGGCUUCGGUCGGAAUAUCUGGGAUGUCCCAUUCGACGACAUCACCGAGUUCUACAAGUUUUUCCAAGGUCUCGCCGUGAUGUACAAGCUUCAGAUAUCUCUGGCCAAGAUCUCAGUCUGCCUUUUCCUGCUGCGGAUUUUCCAAUCCCGCACGUUCCGCUAUAUGGCAUAUGCACUCAUCGGCAUCAACGCUGCCACUGGCAUCACUUGGGCCUGUGUGGAUUCUUUCCGUUGCUUGCCGACCCACUUGACAUGGACUGGCUGGAUGAAUGAGGAAGAAGGACAUUGCAUUGACUUUAUCUCUUCGAUUCUUGUCAACUGUCUGGUCAACAUCUUUGUCGACUCAGUCAUGAUUGUCAUGCCGGUAUAUGAGGUCGUUCAGUUGCAGUUGCCUCUGAAGAAGAAGCUUACUGUGGCACUGAUGUUUGUUGUGGGCUCACUCCUUACUAUCAUUGCCAUUAUCCGAGUCGUCGUCUUCUGGAACCACCGCUGGGGUGCCAACCAGACCCUCGGUCUAUACCCUCUCAUCCACUGGUCUGUCAUUGAGACUCAGAUUGCCGUCAUGUGUGCCUGUCUCCCUGCAUUCAGAGCCCUGAUCGGUCGCUGGUUCCCUGGCCUUCUGGGAGGCUCUCGGGGCCGAACAUAUCCAUCGAAUGCGGCGGAAUAUGUUAGGCAAACCGAGGGUAACAGCAAUAUCAACAAAUCUGUCAGCUACUCGGUGAAUUACGCGUCGCGCUCAGAGAAUAGUGUGGUAGAGUUGGUGGACGUGGAUAGGAAAUACGGUGGUCAUUCCUAG